AAUGCUCUCAACAGGGAUCAGCUCCUGCAUACGUUCAAACAGUAAUCAGCCCUUAAACACCAGCCAGACCCCUCCGUUCCGCUACUUCGAGACGCCUGGCAUCUCCCCCUCGUCGCGCCGACACUUCUCGGUCACGACUGCUGUCUGUUCUGGCCCCACGGUGGUGGAAUGACCUGCCUGUGGAUGUCAAAACAGCGGAGUCGUUGACCACUUUAAGCGCAGACUGAAGAAUAAUCUUUUUAGGCUGCACCUCUCCCUCGUUACUAUGCUUAGCCGUGUCUAUGCCAUGGCUUAUAAUAGCACUUAUGUAUUGUUAUUGUAGUAUUCGGGGUAUUCUAGCUGAUCUGACCAUGUUCGUUGAGUUCUGUCAGUCGGGUGGCUUUUAAUGCAACUGGCAAGAUUUCUGUGCAUCCUCACUGCACCCAAACCCGCUUACAAUUCUACAUCCGCGUCCCUCGUUAAAACCAUGUGUAAAGAACUGAAGACGCGGCUUCUGCGGUUGGUGCCACAGACUGUAAACGGGCCCGGGCGGCCCGGAGACUCGGACGGACCGCACGACUGGGGCGAGGUUCUGAAGGCCACGGUAAGCGCUCUGAAGGAGGGCCACGUCGCCGCCGUCCCCACCGACACCAUAUACGGCCUGGCGGCCCUAGCGCAGAACUCGCACGCCGUCAAAAAGGUUUACGAAAUUAAAGGACGAAACGGCCAGAAGCCCUUAGCCAUCUGCGUGGGAGAGAUAGAAGACAUCUACAAGUUCUGUAAGGUGACCGUUCCGGAAGCUCUGCUGAGGGACCUCCUCCCGGGCCCAGUGACGCUGGUUCUGGAACGUUCUGCAGCGCUGAACUCUGACCUCAACCCCUUCACCCCCCUGGUUGGUGUGCGGAUCCCAGACCACGCCUUCAUCCGCCAGCUCUCACAAAUGUGCGGCGAGCCUCUCGCCCUCACCAGCGCUAACGUGAGCGCCCAGACCAGCACCAUCGCUGUGGAGGAGUUCCGGGCUCUGUGGCCCAGCCUGGCAGUGGUGGUGGAUGGCAGUCCGAUCGGAGACCAGAGCCCGGAAUGCCGUCUGGGAUCCACCGUCAUCGACCUCUCCGCAUGCGGGAGGUUCCGCGUAGUACGGCCUGGCUGUGCUCUCUCGGCCACUGUGAACAUUCUGGAGCAGAAGUACUUCCUGUCGGAGCAGAAGGAGGAUGAGUGACAGAAAGGAGCUCUCUUCGCUUCACGCUCGAUGAAACGCACAACUACCCCUCCCCCCCCCCCCCCAGUGGGACUGUCCUGGGAAGGUGGGGGUCGGGGGGGGAACAACCGAAUGGGAACAAUCAAACAAGUACUCGUCUCUGAGGGACAGUGAACCGGACGCUCUCCUCCUGACUGGUGGAAGUACAUCACUUAAAGCCUUCUCUGUUUCUCUUCUUGACUUGUUCAGUGGAUGAUGACCAUCGCUGGUUUUGGGUUUUUAUUCAGUUAUGAAUGGUAUCAUGGUGGAAUGUCUUGAUUUCUGUAGUGGGUUUCAGCCAUAGUUUUAUUUUUUAUUUGAUUUUAUUUAUGAUUUGACACGGACAUGAUGGGAUCUUUGGACUCCAACCCUCCCUGAACCUCCCUGACCGAUUAAAUCUCUGGUGUCUCCUGUACUGAGAUGUCAGAACCGUCAUCACCACAUACCACCAAUACCAAAGCAAACAUUCACCAGGAUGCCACAAUGCAGCUUUCAUUUUUUAACUUCUUGUUUGUUCCAUCACCCUGUCGCCGAGCAUGGCAGUUGGCCAGGGCGUUUUGUCACGGCCUGGACAGCCCUUCUCUAAAAACACCGGCCCAACUGUACCAGCAAAUCCCUGACGAACGGCUUUCUGGGACCCCCGUCACUUUCGCUCACAUUGGCAUCGGGCUGUAGGGAAACGUCGUCACGUGACAACAGGGUUAGUGUCCGUGCAGUUAGUCAUCGGGGAAAACGCUGUCACAUGACAACACGGUUAGUGUCCUGCAGCUAGUCAUCGAGGGAAACGUCGUCACGUGACGACGCUAAGUGUCCGUGCAGUUGGUCAUCGAGGGAAACGUCGUCGCGUCACGAUGUGCUUAGUGUCCGGGCAGUCUGUCAGACAGCGUGUCCUCCGAUCUGGCUUUGGUCCUGUGACUCAGGAAUACAUCUUCUACUUUAACCAUUAAAAAUGUCUCCAAACAUCCAGGACUGAACCUGCUUUUAUUUUUCACGAAGAGAAUAAAUUAAACUAUUUUACCAA